CGCCGCCGCGACUCCGUCGUGUCGUCGUCAGUGGUGGCUGCUGCUGCUGCCGCUGCUGGUUUUGAUACGCCCUGCUGCUGCGGCUCUAUUGGGACUAGUCGGUCUAUUGAGUCAAUGGUAGAUAGUUGUUGAGUGCGGCGUUGUCUGCGGACGUUCGUUUGCUAAGGGUGUGAUUGUGCUCGGAUUUUUUCUCGUCGGGGGUCUCCGAGCUGCGAGCUGCCAUUGAGGGUGCUCGUUGGACCGGAUCGGACCAGGUAUCAUCGACUCGGACUCCGAAACGGAACGUAGACUACGUGUAAUCUCUUGAUUAGUACGAAUCGAGGGAAGAAUACAGGAGGGAGCAGCAAAGCGCAUUGGCACAUUUCUUUCAAAGUAAAAAAAGAAGAAACGACGAAGUCAAAAGUAGGGUUUCUGCCUCUGAGCUGAACCUCGUCCCGAGAAGCAGGUCGACCCCACGCUUAUACCGCAAUGCAGACUAUCAAAUGUGUGGUCGUCGGGGACGGCGCUGUAGGAAAGACAUGCCUUCUCAUAUCGUACACGACGAACAAAUUCCCGUCCGAAUACGUUCCGACCGUAUUCGACAAUUACGCUGUCACCGUUAUGAUCAGCGGAGAGCCGUAUACGUUAGGCUUGUUCGAUACAGCAGGGCAGGAAGAUUACGAUAGACUACGACCCUUGUCGUAUCCCCAAACUGACGUUUUUCUUGUUUGCUUCUCCGUUGUGAGCCCGAGUUCAUAUGAGAACGUCCGCGAGAAAUGGGUUCCCGAAAUCACCCAUCAUUGCGCCAAGACGCCGUUUCUUCUGGUCGGGACUCAAAUCGAUUUACGGGACGACCAAAAUACUUUGGAUAAAUUGGCCAAAAACAAGCAGAAGCCGAUCUCCAACGAACAAGGCGAGAGGCUGGCCAGGGAUCUACGCGCCGUCAAAUACGUCGAGUGCUCAGCUUUGACUCAGAAAGGGUUGAAGAACGUCUUCGAUGAAGCCAUCAUGGCGGCCCUCGAACCUCCAGAGACCACCAAGAAAAGAAAAUGCGUUUUACUCUGAAUGACUGACAGAGGAGGGAAUCAAUCGACCGUUGUAAAACCACUGCUGAGAGCGACUGCUCGUUCUGCUGCUCGUCCGCAAGCGGUCGCGAAAUCAUCAACCGUGGCUGUAUGGUAGCACUCCCUGGAAGUCACUCACCUCAAACUUCUCCUCAUCUUGCUUCUGCUCCUUGUUGUAGUGAAAAUUCAUCCCCUGACAUGAACAACGUCAUUAACCUCCUGUCGUCACUGAUUCUGCUUAAUGAUGAAGAUUAUAAGGAUGGUAUACAAUUGAGCCUCGCCCCUUGCAUUUCGAUGGAGGAGCUCUUCGGUGGAGAUCAGUACAAAUCUAAUUGACUAUAGAGCCAGGAUCGAAUAUACCAGAAGUCUUUGAAAAAGGCGUGAGUGAUCGAUGGAUGGAACAUAGAAUGAAUGGAUGGCUCGAGAGAUGGCUCGUAGUCGGCAGGCGGAGAAUGGAUCCAGGUGAGAAGAACGGGCGGUUCAGAGGAGCGGUGUUGGUUGGCGCGACCGACGACGCAGAUAUUCAUGAUGAUGAUGAUGAUGAUUUACUGAUAGUACCGUCAAUCCUGCUGACCACGAAGAAGACUGAGAUGAUCAACACAACGUUGACGGAGAUGACCAUAUUGAUGAAGAAGAGGGAUUGAUAUAUUUGUAUUGUUAUUGAAAUUCAUUAACAUUGUCGUCUAUUGAUUCUACAGAGCUGCGGCGUAGUCAAUUUCAUUGUCGUUCUUGAAUGAGCUAAUCUGCUCGUCCGUCAUGGAAUUCUCCUCCCUUGCGUAUCGCUUAAGAAGAAAGGAACACGAAUGCUUACAAUAACCCUUCCCCAACUUCCUCAGUCAGCUUCGAACCUUCAUUUAGCAGACCUCCCCCGAACGGGCGCGACCUACGGAAUUGAGAAUCCGCGCCGGAACUUUUAUUGGCGUUUGAUUUCUGAUAGGCGGCUCCGCAGCGAAUCCACCAUGAAAACGACAGUGAUAAAGACGAAGCAGGCGAAGGGAGAGUACGCUCCGAAUCCAUGGAUGUCUGGUGGCCUAUAUGUUCCGCAAUUUGUCGAAGAAAAAGCGAGCAAGCCCGAAGUCGUCUGUGAGCAUAAAUUUUUUCUCUCGAGGAACCAAAUUAGUUGUGGGACGGGAACGAUUAGCUUCUCCGAAUAGAAAUCCUUAGGACAAAAUAGGAGCGAAUUCUGGGGAUGAAACUCUUGGGGCGAGAUGUCCCGAGUCAUGCGGGGAAGUGCCGAAGGCCCAAUGCACAAUUUAAGCGGCCGCACAGCGAAGAAAAGAGUGACAUACACGAAAGAUGAAUACUGAAGAGAAAGAGCUGAACAUGUGGUUCUAAAUCGAUAAGCUCAACUGGCAUCGGCUCCGAUUUGAUGUACCAAGCCCCUGUCGAUCCACGUUCAACCGGCUUCCUUCAACGGGAUAUCGGUAGAUAAAUGGAAUCAUUUGCACUCCAUAGUCUCUGGCGACCCGUUUGAUGUACGGAAGGAAGCUCGUAUGUAGGGGACGACGGAGAGAAAUUCAGCUUCGAGUUCCGCCGAGUUUCUGGAUUUUCGCAGGUGUUGUCGAUUAGAAGGAACUGAAAAGUAAAUAAGGACAAAGAAGUUAUGAAACGGAUGACAAGAAGAGACACUCAUGGGCGAUUCAUCCGGAUAGGGAGGAGCGGACAUCAUUCAAUAUCAUUAGAAAGAAUAAACAACUGCGGAUGGCCGGGCCGAACAAAGAGAGGAAGGUCGAUUAUUAAAUUGAUUGAUUGAUAUCUAAUGAAUGAGCAAGAGACGAUGUAGGUCACGAAACAUUGUUUGAAAUCAAUGUGUGUAAGUUAUAAGGAUGAGCAAGAACUGUAAGAAGGAGGCAUGGAAAGUAAACGAAUAAAUAUUCAAAAAUUGA